AUGGCUUUCUCUGAGGACACCAAGGAGCGCAUCGUCAAGGCCGUCGACGUCUCCAAGACCUUGCUCCACUAUGGCUGGGUUCCCUUCGUUCUGUACAUCGGAUUCACCCGAAGCACGCCUCAGCCAAGCCUGAUCAAUCCGCAACGCUGGCCUACAAUCUUGCCUCAAGCUCAACAAGAAAGUCAGAACGAGUGGAUCGUAUCGGACCCCGCGGCCAACCACCGAGCCAUGGCGAUGGAGUCCAACGGCGCCAGAGGCGAUCUCAGACAAUUCGAGUACGCCGCUUCACCGUCACGGCCUACUUCUAAUGGUCGCAAUCCAGGGCCCACAUCCCAGAUGUGGACAGCUCGAGACGCUCCGGUUGUUGUGAGCUCGAGCCAAGGCGGAUCUCCUCACCCAGAGCAGGGCUUUUCACGCUCGCGACCCAACACUCAUACCGGAGAAGCAAGCCAUCGCCACCCUCGCUCCAUAUCUCCAUUCGUGGCGCCUCCCAGGACAGCACCAGGCUCGAUGCCUAGGCCUCAUUCUUCUACCUCGCUUCCUACAAAGACGACGACCACCCACGAUCCAUUAGAGACGCAUAUGCGCGCUUGGCUCACUCGCGUCGAGCAAUCCCAGUCCGAGGUCCUUGCUACCGUGCAACGACUCUCACAAGCUCAAGAGAUCUUGGCAUCGGAGCAAAGGGAGCUGGCAAAGAGCUGCUCGCUUCUGAAAGAGUCUCAUGAGGAGGCGGCUCGUAGUGCCACCCACCAACUCGCUGAGCUUCAUCGUCAAUAUGAGGAACGCACUACAGAGCUGCUGCAGGAGGCUUUGCGGGAUCAUUCCGCAGACUAUGCGAAGCGGCAGGUCAAGACGAUUCAUGACGUGUCCACACGCAUCGAGGAAGACAUGUCUCGGACCCACGCCGUCACCCAGGCCCAAUUGAACAACAUUCGUUCCUCGCUAGAAGGGGUUCAAUCCUUCUUUUCCGAAGAGAUGGAAAGACUCAGGGCUGAGCAGAGGGAGAUCGCCCGCCAGGAGCGACGAGAUUUUUACGCCGAGUUUGCGGACAUGCGUCAUCUCCUCGUCAAUCUGCAAGAGAGGGAAAGUGUGGCUGUUGUCGCCGCAGCUCGCAGUACUUCUGGAGUCGUAUCACCAGCGACAAGAUCGGACUCACCCGAAGAGUUCGAAGAGUUCGAGACGGUCCGGCUGAUUGCAAACAAGAAGAACAAGGCAAAAGGCACGGAAUCCCAGCCGACCCGAGAGCGUGUCGUUACUCGGUCCAGGAGCGGCUCGACGCUAAGCCUUGGGCCUUGCGGUCAGGUCUUCGUUCCAGAGGCGCAACAACAUCGUCAAGAGACUCCGCAGACCGUGGCAGCGAUUACUUCUUCUCCAAUGCAGGAGCCUACACAUGCUCUCGAGGAUGAGGUGACGCAUGUUGACGAGCAUCCAUCUCGCCGAGAAUCACCCCGCCCUUCUCGAAUGGGCGACGAGGAUCCUCAAAGCAAAGCGCAGAAGCGGAAGAAGCGACCCGGCCAGAGAUAUGGCGGAGCUUCCAAGCGGCAGCGGCGUUCUGCUCAGGUCGAUGAGACGGAGCAAGGAGCCCCUUCGUCGCCCGCAGCUUCAUCCUCGCACGAUGCACUCGUGUCCGCUGACAUCAUUCAGGAGCAAGAACAAGAGCAAAUUGAGCUUCCGUCUUCAUCUCCUCCGCAGCCGUCUACCCGAUCUCGAAAGAAGCGCUCGUCGAAAUCAAGCUCAAACUCAAAAUCGAGGUCUCGCAAGGAACAGAAGCAGGAGCCACGCGGACGCGCACGCACACGCUCGCGUGGCUCGACUCGCCGACCUGGCGUCUCGCCGCAUACCUCACAUCCCGUAGCAGCCGGGGAGAACGAGGAGAUGCCCCAAGAGGAGGUGGUGAUGCGGCCGUAUCGCUAUCAGACUCGAUCGCGGUCCCUAUCGUGCGCCAGAGCCGGUAUUUCACUGCUUUCUGAAGCACUGGAAUGA